AUGCACGCCUUCUACGCCAUGUCGAUCGUCUCGCUUCCAAUCUACUUCAUCGUGUUCGUCAGUCUCCUUCGCCUUCGCUGCUAUUCCAAAGUCUACAACACAACAUUCUACACAAUAUUCCUUCAACACUGCAUCGCCGAUUUCAUCGCGAUCAUCUCAUUCUACUUCGUCAAUCCGCUUCGCACAAUCCCAUUCAUCAAGCGCUUCUAUUUCGACUAUCAAGAAUACUAUAUCGCGGCAAUGUGCUAUAAUUCGAUAUACGUUUGCCUAUACAUUCGAUGCACCGGCGUCAUAUUCCUCUCGAUUCAUCGAUUCGUCGUCAUCGCGUUGCCGACGUCGACGAUGUCCAUUACCCUCCAAAACGCCAACAAAUUGAUUAUCAUUGCGAUUUUCUGGCUUCUACCGAUGCCGUUGUGCGUUGUUGUUCUCAAGGACACCGAUUUCUAUUACGAAUCCUAUGAGACCCUUCUACUCAUUGCACAAAGAGAAGUCAUUAAUCGAAACACCUUAAUGGCUCUAAUCGUGACAAUUUUCACAUGCGCAACGUGCUCAUUAUGCUACGGCGGUUUGUUUUAUGUGGUCCGCAAAAAAUCGGCAAUGCUGUCGAGAACGCUUCGACGCGAACUACAUUUGGCGUUUCAAGUGCUCGCGCUUCUUCUAGCAUUCUUCGCCAUCCUCAUGUAUUACUCAUUUCAAAAUUAUUUCGCGCAAACGCACAAUACGGGUCCCAUAUUUUUGAUGAGAUCAAUCUAUCCGUUAGCCAAUGGCCUACUUUCGUUUGUUAAUCCUUAUUGUAUAUUAUUUCUGAAUCGCGAGUUUGCGAUUCAGGUCAGACGCUCGCUUAGAUGCAAAACGUUCAAAGUGAGCGAAAUUCAUAUGUCGACAACGACACCAUCGAAAACGCGACAUCGAUGA